AUGUCAUCUAUUGCGAAAACCGUCCUCGCAACAGGCACGUCCUCAGGCCUGGGAUUCGAAGUGAUUAAACAGUUGCUUCAGCAGCCACAGCCCUAUAACUUUAUUUUGGGAUCUCGAAAUGUGGAGAAGACUGAGACUGACUUCAAGAAUCUUGGAUAUGACAGCAGUAAACACUCCGUUCAUGUUUUGCCGCUUGAUCUGCUGGACUUGCGCAGUGUCCAGCUAUUUUCCCAGAAGGCACUUACUCAAUUGGGUAAAAAUCGAGUGGACUAUCUAUUCCUCGCUGCUGGUGUGCUCGACAAUGCCAAAGGUCCAGGUCCCCAUGGAUCAAAGUGGUGCGCAGGUUACAUGGUCAACCACCUAGCUCAGCAUUAUUUUGUUCAUCUGAUCCGAGAAACACUGGCUGCUUCGAAGUCUCGCGUCGUCUUUGUUUCUUCUGGAGCGAUACGCAGCGUGAGGGGACAAGAUCCUAAUACUCUUGAUGUCGAUUUGAAAGCCAAUUCUGGUGCGGGAAUAGGAACGGUAUAUAGUGCCUCGAAGUUCGCUCAGUUGCUCGGUGCUCAUUACUGGCGCCGCAACUUGCCCGAGUGUACAGUCGUAGCUGUAUCCCCUGGUCUCAUUCCCGAUACAAAGCUUGCCGCUGAUAUGGGUCUUUCGAUGAAUAUGGCCGAUGCCAAAACUGUUCCUGAGGGAGCCGAAAAUCUUCUCCGUGCAUUCUUUGCCAAUAACUUGCCUGCUGAUCCAGAGCAGUUGUUCUUGACUAGCUGGGGUGAAUGGUGGCCGACAGAUGUCUAUGCUACUAGCCUGGAUACCAACCUGCAGAACAAGUGGUGCUUGAGCAGGGAGGAAAUCGAGAAAACUGAGUGUCUUACUGGAUAG